AUUUUAGUUUGCACCAGUCCGACAGCUCACCAGCACUGUUAACCUGCUCAAAUGUCUAAAUAACUCCAGUUAAGCAGCUGAGAGCUAGCCCUGGAGGGCAGGGACUUCAGGAUGGGCUGCCCUGAAGUCCUAGCCUCUAUCUCGUUCGACUAUCUGUGGCUCUGCUGCUGCCUAUGGGAGUGCGUCGGUUGCGUGUCCCACCCCGAUAUAAGGGGGGUGUACGGGACCAGGUGGCACACAGCAGUGGCCAAGGCAAAGAGCAACAGCCUGGAGGACAGGAGGACCCCCAAGGAGGACAGGAGGACCCCACAGGAGUAUCAGCUUUACCGCACAGCACUGCAAAGCCCCGCCUCGCUUCCCCGGCCGGCCAUGUGGAAAGGUGCACUGCUGGCCACGUGCCUUCUGGUGGCCAGAGUCGGAGCCACCGACACUCACCCUGCCUAUGGGGUCAAACUGUGUGGGCGUGAGUUCAUCCGAGCCGUCAUCUUCACCUGUGGGGGUUCCCGCUGGAGGAGGGCUGUGAACACAGCGGAUGACAUUAUGGAAGACCAUUUUGGACCCCGCAGUGAGGCCUCGGACAGCUGGAGCCCAAAUGCCAUCCCGGGACUUCCUUACCAGCAGUUCCCUGCAGCAGAGACCCCCCGCUGGAGCUCCCGGAGCCGGCCGGUGCGAUCCCUCAUCUCGGAAGAGGUGCUGGAGGUGCUGCGCACCUCUGACCGCAAGGGUCGUGACGUGGUGGUCGGUCUCUCCAAUGCCUGCUGUAAGUGGGGCUGCAGCAAAAGUGAGAUCAGCUCCCUGUGCUGAGCACCGUGUUAUUCCAGCAGGGGGCGCCAAAGAACUGCCCAACCUUGGAGGUCACUUCCCUUCAGGGCCUCAUGGGGGCAGACUCCAAGUCCUUUGAUCUUGUACAGACUUGCCAUCCUCACAGUACUGUUGAUUCUCAUAAGGUUUGGUUGGCCUCAUUCUGCUCUGAACGAUGUUGUAGUUGUUAUAUGUAGAGUUUCAGAGUCACUCUAUAGAUUUUAAUAAAGCUCUUAUUUAAAUCGU